AUGUCUCCCGUUGAAAAUAUGGUCAAGGAUUUCGAAACGACGAUCAAAGUUUCAUCCUCCUCGCCGCCGUCUAGUAGUAGCUGUGGUCACUGCUACGUUCGUUACGGAGUCUGCAUCGUCUGCAAAUCGGCGGUGGACAAAAGCCAAGGCAGAGCAUUCGAUUAUCUACUCCAAGGUUUGCAGCUAAGCCACGAAGCUGUGAGGUCAACGAAGCGCUUUACAACGCAAUACCAUUGUCACAACAACAAGAAGCUUCACCUUGUCCUUGACUUGGACCACACGCUUCUCCACUCCGUUAGGGUUUCACGUCUCUCCAAAGAAGAAAAGUAUCUAAUCGAAGAAGCGGGUUCGAAAACAAGGGAAGAUCUAUGGCAGAUUAAACACAGAGAAGGUUCCAACGAUCCAUACUUGAUAAAGCUACGGCCUUCUCUCCGCAAGUUCUUGGAAGAAGCCGAGGAGAUGUUCGUAAUGUAUGUUUACACGAUGGGUACUCGUGGAUACGCUAAAGCCAGGUUGAAGCUAAUUGAUCCCGAUGGAAUCUAUUUUGGGGAUAGAGUGAUUACAAGAGACGAGAGUCCUUGCGAGAAGACGCUUGGUUUGGUUUUGGCUGAGGAGCGUGGAGUGGUCAUUGUGGAUGAUACGCGUCACGUUUGGACACAUCACAAGAGUAACUUAGUGCAGAUUAUUAAGUACAACUACUUCAGAGACAACGGCAAACAAGUGUCAAAAACAUACUCAGAGGAGAAGAGAGACGAGAGUGAAAAGGGAGGUCCAUUGGCCAAAGUUCUGACAUUACUGAAAGAAGUUCACUGUGGAUUCUUCGGAGUCAAGGAAGAGUUAUUAGAGUCGCAGGACGUGAGGUUACUGGUACAAUCGGCUUUGACUCAGAGGCAAAAGAGAAGAAAGGAAACGUUAGUAGGGAGCAGAAGCCUUUCCUCUGUAGAAACAGGUUCAACGUUCUUCAAGAUGAAGACAAUGAGUCUGUUUCUCUGUUUCCUGCCAGGUUUCUUCUACCAGAAAUAG